AUGGCCCAAGCAUGGAGAAAGAGAACGGCUGCCUUCCUGGAGGAGCUGAAGCACCUGGGUAAAAGGCCCAGCCACAAAGAGGUCGAUCGGCUGAUGUCUCUGAGGCUGCGAGAGUGGCAGAGAACUCCCAAAGCCGCUGGACAGGUUAUGCAGGAUUUGAAGCGAAUGAAGAGGGCUGAUCUGGUGUGCCAGCUACUUGAUGUUUGGGAACGUGGUUCUGGACAGGCGAAGCCGGAACCGCUGCAUUAUGCGACUGCAAUCAGCGCCUGUGCUGCGGCGAAGUGGUGGCACAAGGCGAUUGCCAUCUUCCACUCGUUGCCAGAUGCCAGCAUUGAGCCCAGCGUCAUAAGCUACAAUGCCACGAUCAGUGCUUGUGAAAAAGGGCGGCAGUGGCACCUGGGUCUUCAGCUGUUCGAUGCUAUGCCGAAGGCCAACAUGGUGCCGGACAUUAUCAGCUACAGCUCGGCGAUCAGCUGCUGCGAGAAGGGGAGCCAGUGGAACUUCGCCCUGGGUUUGUUCAACUCCAUCCGCAGCUCCAAGCUCUCUCCCGAUGACAUUGUCUACAACGCGACGAUCAGCUCCUGUGAUAAGGGCGGCCGCUGGCAACUGGCCUUAGACGUCUUCCACUCCAUGGCCACAAACGCUUUGAGCCCUGAUGUGAUCAGUUUCAAUGCGACCAUCAGUGCAUGCAAGAGGGCCGGUGAAUGGCAGCUGGCUCUACAGCUCUUCAACGGCAUAUCGGAGGCCACACUGUCUCCUACCGUCGUCAGCUACAGCGCUGCCAUCAGCUCCUGUGAGGUCCAGGGGCUGUGGCAGAUGGCCAUCUUCCUCUUCAACUCUAUGCAGGAAGCAACGCUUGCUCCCGACGUCAUCAGCUGCAGCUCCCUCCUGAGCUCUUGCGAGAAGGGUGGGCGGUGGCAGCUGGCCUUGCAUAUGUUCAAUUCCAUGCCGACCAUGAAACUCACGCCUGACAACAUCACCUACAACGCAGCCAUCACCUCUUGCGAGAAGGGUGCUCAGUGGCAAGCGGCCUUGAACUUGUUCAGGUCCAUGCCCGCCGCUCAGCUGGUGCCCAACCUGAUCGGCUACAACACCACCAUCAGCUCCUGCGAGAAGGGGGGCGAGUGGACCCUCGCUCUGGAGAUCUUUCGCAGCCUGCAGGGAUCCAGGAUCCCCCCGGACGUUAUCAGCUACAACGCAACCAUCAGCGCCUGUGAGAAAUGCUCGCACUGGGCUGCGGCUCUGGAGCUCUUCACAUGCAUCACCAGAGCUCGGUUGGAGCCCAACGUGGUCAGCUACAGAGCAGUGCUGGGCUCCAGCACUUUGCGUUCGUGUUCCGUGGCCGUGCAAGCGUCUGUCUUGGCCAUGAUCAAGAUGCACGGUGUUCCUGCAGAAGACCCAAGAUAG